AUAGUUUUGUUCAAGUUUCGGAUAGAGGUGGCAAAGGAGAUCCGGGAUAAAUUUCUCUCGGAGAUUAAGACUCUCAAGUUAUUAUCCUGUGUGAAAAAUCAGAGACUCAUUGUUGGAGGGCCCUCAAUUACCAAACCGGCCGAGAAAAGCAAAGGCUUCCAGUACGCUCUCGUGAGCUAUCACGAGGACCGCGCAGCACUGGAUGAAUAUCAAGCAAGCAGUGAACACAAAAGAGUCACAACUGCCUAUUUUAUUCCAUAUAAAGAAGAUUUCGUUCGAUUUGAUUUCGAAGUGGAUGAAGUGGAUGAAGUGGAUGAGCCACUGCUUGGUCUUGGAGGAACUGUUGAAUUAGGAUAG